GAGCAUCUUUCCGUCACUCUCCUUCUUCAAACGCCAAAGACGCAUAUCUCAAAACCUCUGAAUUCCCCCAAAACCCCUAAAUUUUCUUUAAUUUCCGACCAUAUUCCCACAUGGGCACCCCUUCAUCUCCUCAAACUCAACUCUUGAGCCUUUGAUUGGUGUGUUUUUUCAUAUAUCUGGGCCUGAAAAUGUCAAUCUCUGUUGGGUCUUCUUCAUCUUCCCAAAACAUGCAGUCCUCGAGCUUCUGAUUGGUGUUUUUUUCCUUCAAAUUUCUGGGCCUGAAAAUGUCAAUAUCUGUUGGGUCUUCUUCAUCUUCUUCUUUCUGUCUGUCUUCUAUCUCUCUUCCAUCUCAUUUUCAUCAGAAGAAGAGUUCCAAGCCAAACUUACCAUUGGGAUUUUUUGAAGGCAGGAGAUGCGGCCUACGGCGUCUAAGAAAUGUAGGCAAAUCAGGGCAGUCCGGAUAUGGGGCAUUCAAGACGAACAGGAAAUGCCCGAAGAGGCAAUUGAUUCUCUUUGCUUCUUCUGAAGAUCAGCCGCCAAAUGAUGAGCUCGAUUCAGUUUCUUCAGAGCAAGAAGAGCUACUUCCCAUUCCAGAGGAAGGUUCCCAAGAAAGCAGUUCGUAUCUCCAAAUAGAGAGAACAGAAGGAAAACCGGGUCUUAUAUCGUUCUAUGGUCUUCCACAUAGAAGAAGGAAUGAAAUCCUUGUAUCUGGCCUUAGCAAGGGAAGAUCAGACCUUUUAUUGUUUAUUGGUCCGGCAGUCUUGGUAACGUCUUUGGUUUUCCCAUCACUAUACUUACGGAGAAUACUUUCCACUGUAUUUGAGGACUCGCUUUUAACAGAUUUCCUCAUAUUGUUCUUCACAGAAGCUCUCUUCUACAGUGGAGUUGCGGUCUUUAUCCUAUUAAUAGAUCAUGUGCAGAGACCUCUUCAGCCACUAACUUCUAAGAGUGACGGUCAGUUGGGAACUGGGAUUGGGCUCCGCAUUUCUUCCGUGGCUACUUUGGUACUCAGCCUGAUAAUACCUAUGGUUACCAUGGGCUUUGUUUGGCCAUGGACUGGGCCGGCAGCUUCAGCUACUCUUGCUCCCUAUUUGGUUGGGAUUGUAGUGCAGUUUGCUUUUGAGAAAUAUGCAAGAUAUAAACAGUCGCCAGCUUGGCCUGUCAUUCCUGUUAUCUUUCAGGUUUAUAGAUUGCAUCAGCUGAAUAGAGCGGCACAGUUGGUGACAGCGCUAUCCUUCUCAGUGAGGGGAGCUGAGACGACAGCACAGACAUUGGCCAUUAACAGCUCUUUGGGGACUCUACUCAAUGUGCUUCAAUUCCUCGGCGUCGUCUGCAUCUGGUCUCUUUCAAGCUUCCUCAUGAGGUUCUUUCCUUCUCCAGCUGUUGUACCUGACCCGUGAUCUCUUUCGAAGGCAAAUCUACUCGUAUGGAUAUGGUUCGUUUUGGCCUUUACUAGACUGGAAGCAAAUUGGGUCUGUAGCAUUUCGACGUGCAGGUGUUUGUAUGGAAUGAGAUACAGCUGAUGAAGACGUCUGAGAUGCUUAUUGGAAUUCGAGUUGAAUGCAUGUGCUGAUGGAAAAGAUACGAAUAGCAACUGAUUGACCGGUUUUGAUCAUGUUGUUUAUAGGAAUUUUGUUGAAUUUGUGAUGUAUGCAGCAACACAGGAUCAAAUCUUACUGGGGGAAACAAAAAUAGAGAAAGAAUGAAAUAAAAGAAGAGGAAAUGCUUCCGGUUUAUCCA